AUGUCUAAUUUACCAUACCUUCGAGCAUGCAUUAAGGAAUCGUUGAGAGUCUUGCCUGUGGUCAUUGGAAAUUCCCGAAAAACUGGGAAAGAUUUAGUACUGAAAGGUCACAAGGUACCUAAAGGAACAAAUGUUUUGUUGGUAUCUGCACAUACUCAAGUGGAUGAAAGAUUAUAUACCGGCGGGGAAAAGUUCAUACCUGAACGAUGGCUCAAAAAUCAGGAAUCUGACCUCAGCAAAGAAGCGAAAAAUGUUAGUGCGUUCACAUUUCUUCCAUUUGGUUUCGGACCCCGAAUGUGUAUUGGACGACGUUUCGCUGAACUGGAAAUAGAAGUGUUUAUAUCGAAGAUCAUUCGGAACUUUUAUGUUGGAUGGGAGCUACCUGAUUUGAAGUUUAAAACUGUAGGGAUAAAUGUCCCUAACGGAAAACUGCAAUUUAAAAUUAAGGAUGUAUGA